CGACACAUCGGCAAUUGUAACUGUAUCUCUUGCGCAUAACACAAAUAAAAGAAGCUGUUGUCGCGCUAGUCUCUCGCUCUGGGAUCACUUACUAGCGCCGCUUAUUAGGAUCAGAGCAUUUUUGUGUAUUUAAAUUCAAAGACUUUUUAGCUCGUUCAACAAACAAAUACACGUUUCGACUUUGGACACCAUCCUACCCGAUGAUACGUCUAAGACGACACCAUACAACGACACCAUCUUACCCAACGAUACAUACACAACGACACAUGGACAACUAUAAGCGUAUCUCCUGCGCACAACACAAUCAUUGUGAUGGCAGACCACGCUGAAGAUACUCGAGCAUUCAAGCAAUUUGGGAGCCUACCGAUGGAGCUGCAGCUCAGAAUCUGGAAGUUUGCCAUCCCGGCACCGCGAAUCAUAAAAGUCUACGCUGGUCUUAUUGAGGGCCCAGAAACUACCAAUACUGAAGCAACUCGCGAUAAUACUCAUGUCGACACCUCCGGUAUAUUGAGUCAAUAUGCCAGCCCCCUUCAAUUAUCUGCUUUGCUUGAAACAUGCAAGAUCUCCCGCGACGAACUAUUGAAGACGUACAAGUCGAGCAUCAAGAUGGAUUUAGAGGGAAAACAAACACUGUACUUCGACACCGAUACCGAUAUCAUUCUUCUCGUCGUCUGUGACUUCGAGGUCUUCGGGAAUCACGGACUUGGAAGCGAUGGAAGAUUUGCGGGUAUCAAAACUUUGGCACUCCCAUGUUUCCAGGCCGAGUCCGAAUUGUUAGACCUGUUUCCUUCCCGAUUCCCAUCAGUCCAAACUCUUAUCCUCAUUGGCUUUACCGACUAUGAGCCCGAUUUUACAUUCAAGUCAAAGGCUAGCAACAAUGAACCUUUGCGUUGGGAGGGUAUCGAAGCAGCCUUUGGGGCGCACGGAGAGACACUUGAUAGCUGCAACAUCAAGGCAAACCAUCCUGAGUGGAUAGUUCCCGAAAUUAAGAUGUUGUACAACACCGGAGAAGGAGCAAUCUACAUCGAUGAGGAUGCUUGGUGGUGA